AUGAUUCAAAGAGAAGAAGCAAAGUCGAGCACAAAGCUCGGAGGCAGCACGACCACAACCACGACCACGACACCACCAUCAUCAUGGUCGUGUUCCAAAGACCCGCGCGUCUGGCGGGCCCUUGGCGGUAAAGACCGUCACAGCAAAGUGUGCACUGUGCGCGGCUUGCGCGACAGGCGUGUGAGGCUAUCGGUACCCACCGCCAUCCAGCUGUACGACCUCCAGGACCGGCUGGGGCUGAGCCAGCCGAGCAAGGCCGUCGACUGGCUCCUCAACGCAGCAAAACGCGAAAUCGACGAGCUACCACCUCUGCAAUUCCCACAAGGCGGUUUUGUCAGUGUUCCGGUCGAGACUAAUGCUACAAAGCACGAGCCGGGUGAUAUUAUUGAACGAGACGAGACGAGGUUCGAUCUACUCAAAAAUCGAGGUGAUCAAUUAAAUAGUUUUCUCGUGCGCGAAAGCUUUCCGAAUUAUAGUCCGCCCGAUCGGUUAUCGUGGGAAAUGAUGGCAGCUAAUCCUCGGGAAAAUGAUGUUCGUGAUUUCGGGUUUUUUAAACCGAAUCAAACGGGAAAUUUGUGUGAUCAUCAGUCAGCUGGAAUGAUCACUACACAGUCUACACAACCUUAUUUUCCUCAAAUAGAGAUGUCCAUUAAUCCGGUUAUGGCUUUUCAAUUGGGCACGAGUACCACUGCGAAUCUUCUUCCAGUGGACUAUAGUGAAGCCAGCCAACAGAAUAAGCACAUUCUUCGUAGCUAG